AUGUCAUCAGCAAAAUUUCACAGGUUCUAUUGUUACUGGUUGAAAAUGCUGCCUUUCAUCCGAUGGGCUAAUAUCUACCUAAGACGCUUGAGAGUGUUUACACUGGCUAUACUUAUUUACCUUGAUUACAAGACUUUACAACAAAGAGAGAAAUGGACUCGCCCAUCUAAAAGAGCAGCUCUAUGGGACAAAGCACACGAGAGGAAUGCCAGGCGCCUGCUAAAUGCGAUGAUCGAACUGGAAGGUUUGUGGGUGAAAUUUGGGCAGUACUUAUCGACUCGUGCUGAUGUGCUUCCUCGUGCUUACAUAUCACUUCUCAAACAGCUACAAGAUGCCCUUCCUCCUCGUUCAUUGCAAGAGAUUCACGCUACUAUAAAGAAGGAGCUGGGACGGGCCACUGAUGAUCUCUUUUCCUAUUUUGACGAAACCCCUUUAGCAACCGCGUCGAUCGCACAGGUCCACCGAGCAACUUUGAUCAGUGGACGAAAAGUGGUUGUAAAAGUUCAGCAUCGAGGCAUAAAAACUGUUAUACUCGAAGAUCUGAAGAACGCUAAAGCAAUUAUUGACUGGAUAGCAUGGGCAGAGCCACAGUACAACUUCAAUCCCGUGAUUGAUGAGUGGUGCAGAGAAGCUCCAAAAGAGCUUGAUUUCAACCAUGAAGCUGAGAACACUAAAACAGUGGCUAAAAAUCUAGGAUGCAAGAAAAAGGAUGAUAACAAGAAACAAGACAGUAAAGUGGAUGUUCUUAUCCCAGAGGUGAUUGAGGUAGUACUGUAUGUCUCUUUAACUGCAAUGGGUUCAUUUGCUUUAGAUGUAAUUGUCAUUUCCUGUUACCUUAAAGAAGUUGACAUUAUGAAUCUCAAGUCAUUGUCUUGCUUUUUUGACUGCCAGUCCAGUGAGAGGGUUCUGGUUUUGGAGUACAUGGAUGGGAUUCGUUUGAAUGAUCAUGUCGCUUUGGAAGCUGCUGGUGUUACCAAACAGAGAAUCGUUGAAGAAAUUACGCGUGCUUAUGCUCAUCAAAUAUAUAUCGAUGGAAUGUUCAACGGUGAUCCCCAUCCUGGAAAUUUCUUGGUUAGCAAGGAAGCUCCCCAUCGUCCGAUCUUGCUGGACUUUGGAUUGACAAAGAAACUGUCGAACACCUUGAAACAGGCACUGGCAAAACUGUUCCUUGCAUCUGUCGAAGUGAGUUUCGAUUUGCCUCUGUCUAUGGUGACCAUGUGGCUCUUUUGUCUGCUUUGUCAGAAAUGGGUCUCAAGCUUCGCUUGGACGUCCCAGAGCAAGCAAUGGAGGCAGCUAAUGUGUUCUUCCGUACUGCAAAUCCAGCUAAUGAUCCUACAGUAAGUGUGCGGUUUGUAUCAAGAACUAGCUGAUCCCAAUAACUCGAGUUACGAAUCUUGUCAACUCCGUCUUGUGAUUGCUGGUGCUCUUGUGCAGGCAAAUAUGAGAUCUUUGUCUGCACAAAGAUCAAGGCAUAUGAAGGUGGUCCAGGAAAAGAUGAAACUGAACCAGAAGGAAGCUAAGCGGUUUAAUCCAAUUGAUGCAUUUCCCGGCGACAUUGUCAUAUUCGGUCGGGUGCUUAAUCUUCUCAGAGGACUUUCAUCCACUCUGAAUGUUCGCAUAGUAUACCAUGAAAUCAUGAGACCGUUUGCUGAACAUGCAUUACAAGGGUCAGUUCUUCACAAGGCACCAGCAGAAAGUACAGAAUGGAUCCAUGACACACCGAUUCAUUCUGGCGUGGAGGUCAAGUUAAGGCAGCUACUGGUCGAGCUUGGGAAAGAGGAGAAGAUACUUGGAAUCCAGGUUUGUGCUUAUAAAGAUGGCAAGGUCAUUAUUGAUACGGCUGCUGGAGUACUUGGGAGAUACGACCCUCGCCCAGUUCAACUAGAUAGCCUCUUCCCAGUUUUCUCUGCAACAAAGGGUGUCACAGCUGGUUUACUGCACUGGCUUGCGGAUAACGGAAAACUCAAGCUUGAUGACAAUGUCGCGAAGAUCUGGCCAGAAUUCGGAACGAAAGGGAAAGAGGUUAUCAAGGUCAAUCACGUUCUUAACCAUACAUCUGGUUUGCAUAAUGCUAUGGCCAAUCUCAGAGGUGGAAAUCCCUUGUCAUUGUGUGAUUGGAAAGACUGCCUCAAUCAAAUUGCAGAGGCAGAACCCGAGACAGAACCCGGGCAGAAGCAGUUGUAUCACUAUCUUUCUUAUGGUUGGCUAUGUGGUGGGAUUAUUGAGAAUGCUUCCAGGAAGACAUUUCAGGAGAUUCUUGAAGAAGCAGUUGUUAAACCCCUCAAUAUUGAAGGCGAGCUAUACGUCGGAAUACCUCCUGGUGUGGAAUCCAGACUUGCCAGCCUCACAUUAGACACAAAUGACAUGAGCAAGCUGCCACAGGUCACCAACCGUCUCGAUCUACCUUCAACGUUCCAACCGGACAUGGCUGGCCAUUUACUGGCUGCCAUUCCUGCUCUGUUCAACACAUUGAUGGCUCGUCGUGCAAUCAUUCCUGCAGCGAAUGGACAUUGCUCGGCUCGUGCUCUUGCACGAUACUACGCAGCUCUUGUCGAUGGUGGCAUUGUACCACCUCCACAUUCCUCUUCAUCACAUGAUCCACCUCUUGGAAGCCACCCUCACAUCCCCAAAUUAGGCGGCGUGAAGAAGAAAUCCUCCAAACCGAAAGGAAAGAGACGCAUUCGAGCGGUCUAUCCUUUGAAGCACAAAUCGAACAGAGACGAUGAGAAAAGUGACACUACUGCUAGGAAGCCUCGACGGAACCACAGCUACACCAAGCUGGAUGAGGAAAAUUGCAGUAGUGAUGAUGGUCACGGGGAGUUACUUGGAAAUGGGGCAACUCGUAUGUAUAGUAACCCUAGGAUUCAUGAAGCAUUCUUAGGCAUUGGAGAGGAGCAUGGUAGGUUGGCUUUGGCAAAUGGGGCAUUUGGGUUAGGGUUCAAGAGGAUGAAAACCAAGGAUGGGACGAUUGUUGGGUUCGGGCACUCUGGGAUGGGUGGUUCGACCGGUUUUUGCUACACAAAGGAUAAGUUUGCUAUAGCAGUGACAGUGAACAAGAUGUCGUUAGGGUAUGCAACUAGGAAGAUCAUCGAGUUGGUUUGUUCCGAGUUGAACCUGCCUUUACCGGAAGAGUUAGAGUCGAGCUUAGGAACGCCUCUAAUUAACUGAGCACAAAGAUUCUUGUCUAUGUACAUACACAACCUUGUAUAUAGUGAACACAUGCACAACUGAUAAUAUGGACCUCAAGUUGGCUAGUCUAUUUAAAGGGGUAACCCAUUUUGUACUCUCCCAAUUAGAACCCUAACUAGGCAACUUUUUGUGAGUUUAAGUUCUUAGCUGGUUUAGCAACCUAUCCCAAUACUCAGUUUUCAAA